GGAGUGUUUACAGGAAUGAGUGCAAUGGGAAUAGCUCUUGUCCUUCCUGAGGAUGGAAAAUUAGUAGCACUGGAUAUUAAUGAUGAUUAUGCUAACAUCGGAAGGCCCUUUUGGAAGAAAGCAGGAGUGGAUAAAAAAAUAAAUUUCAUCAAAGGCCCUGCGCUGGAAAGCCUCAACAAGUUGAUAAAUGAUGGCGAAUCAGGAACUUUUGACUUUGCGUUCAUAGAUGCAGACAAAAUUAAUUAUGACAAUUACUAUGAAGCUUGUCUCAAGCUGGUCAGAUCUGGUGGAAUUAUUGCAAUUGACAAUACUUUGUGGGACGGCAGAGUGUACGAUCCGACUGCGAACGAUACCACCACGAACAUUAUCAGGAGAUUGAAUGAAAAGAUACUGAAAGAUGAGAGAGUUUACGUCAGUUUGCUGGUUAUUGGGGACGGAACGACUUUGUGCUUCAAAAAGUAA